AUGAUUAGGUGCUCUCCUCGUUUGCAUCUCACAUACUCGGGGCGCUCCACACUGAGACCUCCCAAACCUGUCAGUCCUCCAAUGCAUAUGCGAUCUCCCAGGUUGUAUCCUCUCUCAUAUUGGUCUUCCCACCCCUUGUCCCUCUUGGUCCGCUCAUACUAUACAUUAGCUCCAACGGACGGGCAUACGACACGACUUAGUCUCUGCGGCAGAAUUGCAGAUUGA